AUGUCGGCGAACUCCAAACUCCCGCCGCCGCCCCCGGCUCCCUCCAACGGCGUCAUAACCGCUCCCGCGGGCAAUCGCAAGAAGCAGAAGCGUCGAGCCAAGCAACAGGCCGCUCAGAAGGCCGCCUCACAGCUCGCACUGCCCCCUCCGCAGCCUUCGGACCAACCCGCGGAUGUCGGAUACAACGAGGAUGCUCUAGGAUAUCAAGACGACGACGAUGACUAUUCCGAUGCCGAGCCCGACCACUACGACGAGCACUACCCUCCCCAUGCGACUUCAAACGGUGUGCAUUCCCCGCCUCCGCCAGCACCAACCGGUAAGAAGAAGAACAAGAAGAGAGCUUCUGCCGUAGAAGACCCACAUCACCAUGGCUCAUACAGUCUCCCCGUAUCUGGAGCCCGCCGCAGCCACGUACCGCCCUUGGCCAUGCCGGCUGCGCACCACGCGCAUCAGAGCAUCUGGAACACGAGCAAUCAGCAAGAGCGGCAGAACAUCAGGGAGUAUUGGCUGAGUCUAUCUGAAGAAGAGCGGAAGAACUUGCUCAAGAUUGAAAAGGACACCGUCCUCAAGAAGAUGAAGCAGCAGCAGAAGCACUCGUGUUCCUGCUCCGUGUGCGGGAGGAAGCGUACCGCUAUCGAAGAAGAGCUGGAGGUGUUGUACGAGGGUUACUAUGAGGAGCUCGAGCAAUAUGCCCACCACGAUCAACCACCUCUCCCCUCGGCUGAUGGCUUGAUGCCCAAGCCACUCCAGCACAGUCAACAACCGCGACAUCCACUGAGUCUACCGCCCCCCAACACUAUGCCGCCUCAACAUCACCAGAUUAGUCGCAUUCGCGAGGACCUCGACGACGAGGACGAGUUCAGCGAAGAAGAGGAAGACGAGGAGGAAUUUAGCGAGGAAGAUGAAUAUUCAGACGAGGAGCCCGAGAUGGAGCAGUAUCAUGCGCCUACGGCGCCUCCCGGUGUGCCCAAUUUCCUCGACUUUGGCUCCCAUCUGACUGUCAAAGGUAUCUUAACACCAUGGGUUGAGAAGCUGAAAGCCGGGCUAAAGGGUAAUGCAGACAACCUCUUGACGGUAGCUGACGACCUACUGAAGAAUGACGGUCGCAAGUUCAUCGAGAUGAUGGAGCAGUUGGCGGAGCGGCGUAUGCAGCGCGAGAGCCGCUCCCAAUAUGAGGCAGAAGCCCACGCCGGCGGCUAUCCUCCCGGCGACCCAGGCUACGAUCACGGAGAAUCUAUGGCUGCGGAUGACGAGUACGACGACGACGAGGCCUCAUACGACAGCCAGGAAGAAUUCGACGAUGACAUGGACGAGGAGGACGAGAUGGUGGGUGAUAUUGAGCUGGCAAGUCUGACAUACCGAAUGAGCUGAUCAUUUGCAGGGAGGGCUAACCGAGGAACAACGCAUGCAGGAAGGGAGACGAAUGUUUCAAAUCUUUGCGGCUCGCAUGUUCGAGCAGAGAGUUCUCAAUGCAUACCGCGAGAAGGUCGCGACCGAAAAGGCGGCUGCACUCGUAGAGGAGCUUGACAACGAUGCCAAGCGCGAAGAGCAGCAACGGCAGAAGAAGGCUCGGGAUGCGGCAAAGAAGAAGGAGAAGAAGAAGCAGCAACAACAAGCUAAGUUGGAGGAGAAGGCCAAGCGAGAGGCUGAGAAAGCUGAAGAGGAGGCGAGGUUACGGGAAGCGGAGGAAAAGAAGCAGGAAGAGCAGCGACGGAAGAAGGAAGAGCAGAAGAAGAAGCGGGAAGAGGAGAAGAGAAAACACGAGGAGGAGAAGAGGCAGAAGGAUGAGACGAAGCUGCGUAAGCAGCAGGAAGAGCAACAGCGGCGAGAGGAGGCCGAACGAAAGGCCAGAGAGGCGAAAGCUGCCGAGAAGGCGAAGAAGGAGGAGCAGCGAAAGCGAGAGCGCGACGAGCGGGACGCACGAGAGAAAGAAGCGAGAGAGCGUAAGGCUCAAGAAGAGAAAGACAAGAAGGAGCGCGAGGCGAGAGCAAAGGCCGAGAAGGAAGCCAAGGAGCGUGAGAAGACAGCACAACAAGCCGCUCAUCCUCCGAAUGCUCAUCCUCAUCCUCACAUUACUAAGAGACCCUCGCAAGCCGGCAUGGUGGCUAUUCCAGGAGUCUAUCCCAAGCAGACCCCCUCUGGAAUCUCCUCGCCUCACCCUCAAAUUGCGACCCCAGCGAUACCCAAAGCCCCAACGCCAGCCAGACCGCGGCAAGCCUCGCAGCAAGGCUCGCACGCUUCGUCGCCGAAGCAAGCGCACUCACAGCUGUCCGGUGCUCCCAGCAAGUCCUCCUCACCGGGAAGUGCGGGACCCCAGCAAGCUUCAAACCAACCCAAGACUAUUCUCCAGAAGCCCAGCAACCAACAGCCCAUCGGUCAGCAGAAUCAUCAACCUGUUCCAGCGUCAUCUCCUCUGCACCAGCAGUCGCAUCAUCCGCAGGGCUUCCCUCAUGCCUAUGGACAUCCCGUUGGUUUAGGAGGAAUGUCAUCCUUAGGUAUUCAUCAAGGUCCUCCAGCUGGAAAUCUUAAUAUGGGUGGGCGUGGUCAUAUGCCCAUGUAUCCUCAUCAAGCACCACCCACGAUGGGCAUGCCAAACCGACCGCCUUUCCCAGGUAUGGGCAUGAAUGGUAUUCAUCCUCCACCCGGAAUGAAUAUGCUUCCUCCGCAGGGCAGAGGUUAUCCAUUUGACGGCCCAGGAGGGCCACCCCCUGGGUUUCACCCGCAGCCGCUACACCAGUAUCCUCGCACAUCUCCGACAGGGCACUCGCCGGUGGGCACUGGUAGCGAACAGCCGCGGCAACCCGGCCACUCCCGACAGCCGUCCGCGAGCGAGAGAGAGCGAUUCGAAUCCGCCGCAAAUCAGCCUAUCGCUCGUCCGGCGCCUAUUCAGCGACCGGGUAGCGUUCGGCCCCAAGGAUAUGACGGCAACCCCGAUGUGGAGGAUCUGUCAAAGCAUCUGGGUAGCUCUGCUUUGUUGGACGAUGCCGACGAUGUCCCACCCAGCGUCGCAGACGUCAGACGUCACUCCAGCAUUCCUAUCAAUCCACGAAAUAUCAACAUUCCAGCUAGCGGUCUCGGGCAGCUCGGGAACUUUGGCGCACCUACAGGUCCGUUUGGCACACCAGGCCCAUCUUUCAGCACACCGUUCGGGCAGAGUCCGGUUCUGGGCCAGAAUUGGGGAAGCCUUCCCAAUGUUGGCAUGGGCAAUUGGAUGAACAAUCACAAUGCGUUCGCAGCAAACGGAUUCGGGCCCAUGAGUACACAGCCUAUGCGCGCUCCUGGUGCUCCUCUGAAUCGCGCGCUGACACUUCGUCUUGCAAUAUGCAACGCCUGCAAGCAGCUCUCCAGCCGUGGCGAUGGUGAUGAUUAUCAUGACGUGGAUUUGCUUCUGCAGCAUAUGCAGCGUACCAUGGACCAGCCUUUGCCGAGCCUCGCCGAGAUCGAGACGAUCUGCGAGACUGUAGGCGACGGCCAGAACGGCGGCGGAGAGUUGCGUGUCCGAAAGAACGAGAACGAUGCCAACUUUGCGGUCAAGUGGGAAGCGGACGCCGGGACGCCAGAUCAGGGACGAGGGCGAGGUGGUUUGAGCGUGAUAGGAUCGCCUCCACCUAUUAGGGCGUCGCCUGCAGCGGGCUCCUUUGGCGCUCCUGGAAUGAGUCGUCCGCAAACGGUGGGCUCCCAAGGUGGAUAG